UCUCCAGGUUUUGUCAAGUUAUGACUUACAGACAACUACUUUGACAACUAAAACUGAUGGCAGUGAUGGCAAGGCUGAACACCUAGAGUAUAUUGCCUUUGCAUUGGUUCCUGUUUUCUUCAUCAUGGGUCUCUUGGGGAUCCUCAUCUGUCAUGUCCUUAAGAAAAAAGGGUAUCGUUGCACAACAGAGGCUGAACAAGUAGAAGAAAAACUUGAUGAAAAAAUAGAAAUGAAUGAAACUAUACAUGAGAAUAGCGACACUGUGGGACAAAUUGUUAACUACAUUAUGAAAAAUGAAGCAAAUGCUGAUGUGUUAAAGGCCAUGGUAGCAGAUAGCAGUGUCUUUGAACCUGAAAGCCCUUUAUCUCCUACCUCUCCUGGGAGUCCAGUGAGUCCAGAGUCUCCUUUGUCACCUGGUGCUGUUCCAUUUAAACACAGCUGCAAAGGCCAUCACUUCCAUACUGUUGGAGGAGUAGUAGAAAAGGAUGUUUGUACUCGUUGUAGCCACAAACGAUGGCACCUUAUAAAGCCAGCUCACAAAUCUAAAGAGCACAGAAGAAGUCGUCUUGGAGAAGUUACAGUCCUUUCUGUGGGAAGGUUUAGAGUCACAAAAGUGGAGCACAAAUCGAAUUCUAAAGAACGGAAAAGCUUGAUGUCUGUUAGUGGCGUGGAGAGCGUCAAUGGUGAUAUGCCUGCCACACCUGUGAAACAGGAAGCAAGCGAAGCACGUGCCAUGCCUGUGAAACAGGAGAUGCAAGAGAGGAGAAGCUCAGAGUAAACUGCAGGUAUCAAACAUUGGGAACUCAUAUUGAAAGUGGUGGAACUUUUGGAAGAAGCUUGUCUGCUAGCACUUUGGAGAAAACUGAAAAAUCCCAAGAGAUGCAUACUAUUUAAGGAAAUGUAUUUAUGGCACUAGCAUUUUACAAGUUCUGUGAUGGCAUCCAUGCAAGGUUAAGCACUUAAUGGUUUUUCACCAGUAAAAUCAGUAAGAUUUAGACAGUUAAAUACUGCUGAGCUGUGUGGACCUCAUACCAAAUGUUAGGCUUCAUCUUGGAAAGAAAAAAUACCUUUCCUGUCCAAACACUUGUAUGUAAAAGCCUUAUCAAAUAAUCUUAAUUUUUUUGUACUUAGAUGAGCAUUUUUAAUGAGCUCAGUAUUACCAGUAAUAUGAUUACCCUAUGGAUAAACUGUGUUCAUCCCUCUGGUCCAUCUGGAUUUUUCUCCUCUGUUCUUCCCCUCCAGAAUUGACAAGUGUUUGCUGAAGAUAAAAGCCUGUCUUCUGGAAGAUGAAAAUAUUCUUUUAAUCUAACUGCUAGUAGCCAAGCAAAACAUACAAGGAAGCAAUUAUGUCAGCCAAAAUCUGCAUGUGUGCCUUUAGUGCAUAAGCCCUCAGACUCUCUGAAGUGUACUUCGCAGUACAGAGUGGUUCAGCUAUAUGCAGAUGUUAAAAGUAAAUUGUUGUCUUCCCCCACCUUACCUCUUCCUUACUACUUAACACAGGCUGAAGAGCAUCUUUUUCUAUGCAGUUGGGAGAGCUCUUGGGAAGGUUACUUUCCUCAAGGCCACUUGUUCUCCCAUGUUCUUACAACUACUCACUCGUAUUUGAGGAAUGCCUAAUAGUUUUGCCUUUCUUUUUUGUUUUUACCCACAGGUUCCUUAUUAAGCUAAGGCAACGUAUUUCAACCAUUAGAUAAGGAUAUGGAAUAUUUGGCAUUAGUAUAUACGCCAUGAAUUUUUAAAGUACUUCAGAGUGGCUUUAUUGGACUGAGGGUAGCUGUUUUCAUUGGCACCAAAAUCUUAAGCCAGUGUCACUCCCUUCAUAUUUUAAGCGUGAUUAACUGCUAAAAAUACCAGUGAUGGUUUUGUGAUGUUAAUUCUUUGUGUCUACUUAUCAUGAUCUCUGCUUUAUCCUGUUACUUGUUUUUAGGAGGGAAAUCUUUGCAAUAUUUCAGCAAACUUUGCUGUGUAAUGGAAACUGAGAAAUAACAUUUGUUCUGAGUGCCUAAAACUAUAAGCUCUAAUGUAAUGCAUUUUAGUAGAGAUUGCACUAUAUUCUGAGAACUGUAAAGUAACUUAAUCUGCUUUAUGAACUCAAUGAAAAUCAGUGUUUGUUUUUAAAUUGGUUUGUUUUAAAUUAAUACUUUCAAUCCUUUUAGUCCAAGUGCUCUGUGUUUCUCCUUCAGAUCUGAGAAUAAGGUUUCUUCAUCAGUUUAUGCAGUGUUAACAAUCAAUAUGUACAAAGAUAAAAAUUACUAUUCUUGCUUAUGUAUUAGAUAUGCCCACAUCUUGUCAGGAAACAUCAAGUUUAUUUCACUCUUGCUGAAAGUAUGUGCUGCUGAUGGUCUUCCUUCUACUUGUAUCCACGAGAUACUGCCUGGACCUAUCAAUAUACUUUC